UCAGCGGAAUGAGGCGCGGAGCUGUUCGCCUCUUCAGGUGCUGAGUCCGAGCACGGCUCCGGACGCUAGAGCCGCGGACGCUGCCUCCGCAGCCGCCGCGAUAGCCGCCGCCGGGAACCCGGGGCUGUGAGGAGCCGGAAGGCUCCAGUGCUCUGCCAGGCACUGACUGCCCUCCUGCCCGCCGUCUGAGGUCUUGAUUGCCUGGACCUCCCCUCUAAAGAAAGAAGGGCAAAGUCUGAGUGGCCCUCCUCAGGGAUCUUAGACCAGAAUCCAGAACAGCAAGACCAUUAUAAGGACCCAUUCCUGCCCAGACACUGACAAACUGAAUGUUUCCGGGACUGCCAGACUGGGAGCAGAGAGCUCUGGGGUCCAAGCUGGUGGUAACCAAAGGGGAGAACCAAAGAAGAGAGGUUUGGAGUAGGCCUUGGUGUCCCAGCAUGGCCCACUGACAUGAACCAUGACCGGCUGGCUGACACUCGCCACUAACCACCCAGACUCACAUCUCGCCAGGAGGUGACCCCUCGUCCAGCUGCCCCCCCAGCUUGCCCAUCCCUGCCCAGGAAAGUGCCACAGCUGCCACGGACACCAUGUAGUAGGGCCGGCCGCGGCGCCCAGUGAGCUGCGAUGGUUUUGUACAGGACUCCCUUUCCUAAUAGCUGUCUGUCCGCCCUGCACGCCGUGUCCUGGGCUCUCAUCUUCCCAUGUUACUGGCUGGUGGACCGGCUGAUAGCCUCCUUCAUACCCACCACCUAUGAGAAGCGUCAGCGCGCAGACGACCCAUGCUACCUGCAACUGCUCUGCACUGCCCUCUUCACGCCCAUCUACCUGGCCCUCCUCGUGGCCUCGCUGCCCUUUGCCUUCCUCGGGUUUCUUUUCUGGUCUCCCCUGCAGUCUGCCCGCCGGCCCUACAUCUACUCACGGCUGGAGGACAAGAGCCCUGCCGGCGGGGUGGCCCUGCUUGGUGAAUGGAAGGGCAUAGGGGCUGGCAAAAGCUUCUGCUUCGCCACUGCCAAUCUCUGCCUCCUCCCUGACUCGCUGGCCAGGCUCAACAACGUCUUCAACACCCAAGCACGAGCCAAAGAGAUUGGGCAGAGAAUCCGCAAUGGCGCUGCACGGCCUCAGAUCAAAAUCUACAUCGAUUCGCCCACGAACACCUCCAUCAGCGCAGCCAGCUUCAGCAGCCUGGUGUCACCACAAGGCGGUGAUGGUGGGGCCAGGGCUGUCCCUGUGAGCAUUAAGAGGACAGCCUCUGUGGAAUACAAGGGCGAUGGCGGGCAUCACCCCAGCGAUGAGGCUGCCAAUGGGCCUGCCGCUGGGGACCUGGCUGACAGUGGCAGCCUUGAGGACGCCUGCAUUGUCCGCAUCAGUGGCGAGGAGGGAGGGCGGCCACCUGAAGCUGAAGACGCUGCCACGGGGAGCCAAGCCAGGAAUGGGGCCAGUGGGGGCCCAAAGGGCCAGACACCCAACCACAAUCAGCGGGACGGGGAUUCAGGCAGCCUGGGCAGCCCUUCAGCCUCCAGGGAGUCCCUGGUAAAGGCUCGAGCUGGGCCGGACAGCAGCGGCGGUGGGGACCCGGGGGCCAACAGUAAGCUCCUGUACAAGACCUCGGUGGUAAAGAAGGCAGCCACACGAAGGAGGCGGCACCCUGAUGAGGCCUUUGACCACGAGGUCUCAGCCUUUUUCCCUGCCAACCUGGACUUCCUGUGCCUGCAGGAGGUGUUUGAUAAGCGGGCAGCUGCCAAGUUGAAAGAGCAGCUACAUGGCUACUUUGAGUACAUCCUGUACGACGUUGGGGUCUAUGGCUUCCACGGCUGCUGCAGUUUCAAGUGUCUCAACAGUGGCCUCCUCUUUGCCAGCCGCUACCCCGUCAUGGACGUGGCCUAUCACUGUUACCCCAAUGGUCGCGGCUCCGAUGCCAUGGCCUCUAAGGGAGCGCUGUUUCUCAAGGUGCAGGUGGGAAGCACACCUCAGGACCAAAGAAUCGUUGGAUACAUCGCCUGCACACACCUGCAUGCCCUGCCAGAGGACAGCGCCAUCCGCUGUGAGCAGCUGGACCUGCUUCAGGACUGGCUGGCUGAUUUCCGAAAAUCUACCUCCUCCUCCAGCACAGCCAACCCCGAGGAGCUGGUGGCGUUUGACGUCAUCUGCGGAGAUCUGAACUUUGACAACUGCUCCUCUGACGACAAGCUGGAGCAGCAGCACUCCCUGUUUACACGAUACAAGGACCCCUGCCGCCUGGGGCCUGGGGAGGAGAAGCCGUGGGCCAUCGGUACCCUGUUGGAUACAAAUGGCCUCUAUGAUGAGGAUGUGUGCACCCCUGACAAUCUGCAAAAGUAAGUACCCAGGUGGGGACCCCCUCUACACCAGCUCCCAGUCUGGACAAGGUGCUGAGAACCUGACUCUCAUGAUAGAUGCAAGCUGGGAAGGGACACAAGAGCCAGCUCAGCUCAGGCCAGUGAGCUCAAGCUCCAUGCAGUGGGAGCCGCUUCUCCAACUCUUGACAGCUUCAGGCUCUGUGCGGGUGAAAGCUGUUGUAGCCCUGGCACUGGGCUUGCAGAGAAGUCUCAGAGCUACACACCAUCUCAAAGGGAUGCUUCCUGACCCAGCAGCCAGUCUGGGCCACGUGGAGCCCUGCUGAUAGGGUGAAGGCAACCAGAACUUUCCACGACCAAGCCAAGUGCCAACCUCUGUACCACUGUCACUGGGUAACAAAUCUGUAGAAGGGAGCCAGCAGCUUGUGGAACCAAUUAGGGACAUAAAAUACUUUUGAGCAGAGAGAACACAAGCUGAUCACUCUCCAAGUAGAGACAGUUCUAUCCUGGCCAAGCUUCAUUCCUGAACCCAGUGGCUUCCAUAAAGGACACACUGAAGCCACACAUGGUGCUGCAGACCUAUAAUCCUACCAUUCAGAAGGCUGAGACAGGAGGAUCACCACAAGUUCAAGACCAGCCUGGGCUAGUCAGUUC